ACGAACGAAAAAACGAAAACGAUUACUGAAAAAAACUCCUCGUUAACUGAAACUAACUAAAACGAUCAUCAAAUUAAAAAACUAAAACUAAAUAAAACGAAAAUGUUUGUGAACAAAACUAACUGAAACUAACUGAAAUUAGAAAUGAACUGCCAUUCGUUUUUCGUCUUUGUUCCAACCUUGCUAAAGGCGAUAAAAAAUAAAAAAAACAUCGAAGCGCCUUUACCUCCAUUGACCACGCCUCACGCCAGUCAGAGGCAGACCGGUAGAGUGGGAGACAUGGCAAAGGUGAAGAAGAAGAAGGCCAGCCCUAUAUGGGACUACUUUCAAUAUUCCAGUGAAACGGACAGGAGUGUGUGCAUGGUGGAGGAGGAUGGGAAGGUAUGUGGAACGCAAUUAAAAGGAAAAAAUCCCACGAACUUGAAAGUCCAUCUCAGAAGUUACCACAAAGACGCCAACUGUCGCUACUUGGCCCAAUUAGCUGCUAGUGCUAGCCCCAUCGAAGCACGGGCAGAGAGUAGUCGGAGCGGGGAAACGCCGAAACUGUUCGACUUUCUAAAAUGCCGGAAAGACAGCUGGUCUGUUAAUUCACAAGAGCAUUCAAAGAGGGAGGAAGCUCUUGUGAAUCUUUUCGUUCACACUGGAAUGUCGACCCGCCUCUGCGAGACACCGGCUUUUAAAGAAUAUAGCUGUGCACUUGAGCCUAAGUUUAGGGUCCCAGGGGCUGCGCGCCUGAACAACCUCAUAUCAGGGCGGAUGGGGAACGCAAAAAAAAGGUUGAAAGAAAUCCUGAAAGAUGCCAGGAAGCUAACCCUAUGCGUCGAUGGAUGGAGUAAGAAGGGGUUGACCGCAUCUUUCCUAGGUGUGUCAGCCUGCUUCUACCAUCCACCUGGAGGGCGGGUAUACCACGCUCUACUAAGCUUGCAUCGUUUGGACCAUCCUCACACAGGGGAAUGCAUUGCUCGCUGUAUCGAUGAGACCAUGGUGGCAUGGGAUAUCGUUGGAGACAAAGUGCUGCUUGUUGUGACUGACAAUGGCUCGAACAUUGUUAAAGCAGUGCGGCUGCUUAGCGAAAGACCUCGUCAAGAAAUCGAGCCGUCUGCACACAGUACACGGCUUCCACCUGGAGAUGGACUGGAUGACGUAUCGUGGGAAGAGGAAGAACCAGAGUCAGAGUCUGACGAGGAGAACGGGGAUAUCAGCGAAAGUGGAGACUUUGGCUGAACAUCUCCAUGGAUGAUCUGUAUGAAGAAUGUGUAACUGCAAACAGUCUUCUGGAGCACCUCACUCAGGAGAAGGAAACCUGGCAGUCCAAAG